CUUCUACCUGUCAUUGCUGUAUCUUCAAACGCACUAAUAUUUUGACAUUGACAGCCGUCUGUAUAACCUCAACAUUUAGACACAUGGUGUUUUGUUUAUACAUUUUGUAAGCGAAAAUGAAUCAAAAUAUCGUGAAGCAAAAGCGAAAUAAUUCGCAAAAAUCGUCGAACACUAACCAUAAAGUGUUUGGCAAUAGCAAAGUGAAAAUUAGCUCCAACAACGUCACGCCGACGAAUUCAAAAAUCAUUUUUGAUGACGAUGGAAACCAACAGAAGUCCAUCAAAAAAAAAGGCACGAAGAGGCAACAUUCUUCAUUCUCAGCAAACCAAACCGAUGAUGUUACCAGCCGAUGGUACGAAGAAUAUGCUGCGUACAACACCAAUGAGGAACUACUUGAAAUGAAGGAGCAAGAGGUGAAUGAGCUGGCGAGCACGUGUAAAACAUGUUUUGAGAACGAGCUGGCAAAAGCACAGAGCAAAAACCCUACCGACUCUAAAUGGUUGGAAAUUGCCUUGCACAAGGGAACGUCGAAAGAUCGAGCCAAUGCUGGUGCAUUGCUAGUACAGACCAAUCCAUUGGCAAAUUUGUCGUCGCUGGAGAAAUUAAUUGGUCUGACGAAAAUUUCGAACAAAACGAGUUCCGAAGCGACUGGAAUUAUUACGGAAUUGUUCAUUAGCGCCCUACUCAGUCCCGAUCGCAAACUUUUGUCAAUACCACUACGGGGUGCCGAUUGGAAAGAGCUAAAGAAGAACAGCAAUAUUGAGAAAGGUGUUAAGGAUCGCAUAUUGGCAGCCUGGCAUUUCGAAGGCGAACUGAAAGAACAAUAUUAUGAAUUCCUGAGGAACAUGCAGGCGGCUAUACAAGGCAACCAGGACAACAGCAAAACCAUGCUAUUGUUUGUACGGCGAAAUUGCUUUGUUAUUCUCCAGAAAAAGAGCAAAUGUUGCUCUCGAUGCUGGUGAACAAACUGGGUGAUCCAUCAAACGUAGUAGCUUCAAAAGCACUCCAUCAUCUGACAGAAGUUGCG